AGUACUGGGUAGGGUACGACCGAUUUGGCCGGACCAUGAGACUUAGAACUAUAAAAGCCCUCUAUUUCCAGUUGUAAGGCACACUCAAUCUAAUAUCUCCCUAAUACGCUUCACAAGCCAUCCCAACCAACUCCAAAAUGUACAAGCUGGUCGUUCUUACCGCCCUUCUGGCUGUCGCCUCUGCUGCCCCUGGCCUCAUCGGUGCCCCAGCCCUCGCGCCCUGGGGUCAUGGUGUUGGUGUCGCCCCCGCGGUAGUAAGCGCCCCUAUCGUCAGGGCCGCUGUCCCUGUUGCUACUUCUUACGCUAACACCGUCAGAAUCGCGACGCCAGCUGUUGUUGCAGCUCAUGCUCCUAUAGUGGCGCACGCCCCAGUCGUAGCCGCACCCUGGGCCCACGGGUGGCUUUUGAUACAUUUGGUUGCCGAACACUGUAUAAAUAGGUUCGACAUAUGGAAGAAAGCAUCAGUUAAUCACUUUUUGUCGUUCAGUCUCGAACUAACACAGACCACGAUGAACUCGCUGGUGGUGUUGCUUUCCGUGAUGGCGCUUGCCGCCGCCUCCCCUUCAGUUCCCUCCAUUCUCAGCUAUGCGGUACCAGCUGUAGCCGUAGCACCAUCUGCUGUGUCACACCAAUCUCGGAUAGACAUCAAAUCAUCUCCUGCUGUUGUCUCCGAGACAAUCACUCCAAUUACCCGCACCGUUGUAUCUGAGCCAGCUGCAGUCAUCGCCGCGCCCGCCGCAUAUACCGCUCCCGCUGCAUACGCUGCUCCCAUCGCAUAUGCUGCCCCCGUCGCCUACGCCGCACCUGCUACAUACGCUGCGCCUACUUUCGCCGCUGUCGCUCCUGCAGCCAUCUCCAGCCAAUCCAGAGUAGACAUCAAAUCAUCUCCAGGCAUUGUCAGCACUGUCGCCGCCGGGCCCGUGAUCAGCGGCUACGCCUCUCCCACCGCGUACAGCGCUCCCGUCGCCUCUGUUUACUCGCCAUCUGCUAUUGCUGCAGUACCUAGCGUAUUUAGAUCUGCCGCCAUUGCGCCAGUUGCAUCAGUAUCUUCUGUAAUAUCCGCCCCCGCCGUUGCUGCUCCCGCUGUGGUUGCUGAAACACCCGAAGUAGCGGCAGCUCGUGCUGCUCACUUGGAAGCUAAGGCCGCUGCUCUCAACGAAGCUCACGUCAUCCACAAACGGUCUGUCCUUCUUAAUGCCCCUGUUCUUUCUUACGCAUCUGUGCCUGCUACAUCCUACCCAACUUUGGUACACAACUACGCUGCAUCUCCCGUAGUCUACUCAGCUCCCUUGGCCCACGUUUCGUCCUACGGCGUGCAUGCUCCUGCUAUCGCAAGAGUAUUUUAAAUACCAUCACGAUUGCGAGGUAUCUACGCCUCGGUUCAGACUUGACGAACGACUAUAUAACUUUAAAAUAAAUGUCAUAAAAUAACUAAA